AUGGGAAGGAAAAAGAUUAUCGAUGAGCCGCCGGUUGACUCUACGGCAUGGUUGCUGAAUAGCGGUCUCGCAGAGGUCGUUCUCAUGCACACACAUGAAAUCAAGUUUAUGUUCAUGCUGGGGUACACGUAUUUGCACGGCUGCAAGCUGUUUCCAAAGUUGGACCCAAACUCUUCCCUUUCCUACAAGUUAGUUUCAAUGAUUUUGCAAUGCACAGGGGGAGGAACUCUUGUUCCCAUAUUUUUGAACGGUAUUCCGGUUUCGUUGGCGCAGGAUUCUUACCCCAUUGCUAUUAUUGUCGCCUUCUUGUUGCACCAGUAUCUGCCCAUUUUGCGUGACGUGCUCAGCUUGUCUCCGAUUCUUAAGGUGGCUGUAAUUUUCAUGUACGAAACCUUGCGUGCCUCGGUUGUCGUCAAGCUCACGACGGCUGCUGCAAAGGUGAUACCGGCCUCUGACUUUGCCAUUCCGUUAUUUGGACCUAUUUUUUGUGGUGCCAUCGCCGGAUGCGGAGGUUCUUUUUUGCCACUCAACAAGGGUUUAGACCCGAUCAAGGCCAAUGGCUUGGGACAGCCUAUGUUGAGUGCCUUUAUUGGGGCCACCUUUUAUCAUCUAUUUACGCAAACGAGUUUGAGUGAAGGUGUUAUUAAUGCACCACAAAAGGCACAGGUAAUUGUGGCCCUCUUUUUUGUCGCGUAUCACCUCUUUGAAGUUGUGGGGGAACUGCUGCCCAUGACCAAGGGAAAAUCGGCCUCGGCGAAGAACGAAAGCAAGAAGACAAAGUGA